CCGCCUGACUUGUGGACGCCUACCUGCCGUCAAGCUUGACGCUUACAAUUGCAUCUUGGAAUUGGUACAAUUUGUACACACAACAAUCUUUUCUACAAUAGAAAUGAUGAUCCCUUUUGUUUUUUCCGCUGUCUUUUACAUGAGUGUUGGAUACUUUGAUUCGGCAUGCGCUGGACCAAUGCUUCUCAACUCAAAUGCCAUCAAGAACAUACCUGGAGAUGCGGGUCCCAGUCACCCGGUCAGCGCGAGCCCUGACGAAUUUACGUACGACAGUGGGAUCCAAAAUCAGGCAGUUGAUUCCAUCCAGUCUUUGAGUUGCUCUGCAGAUGGUGACUGCGGUGACCAUGGUUUCUGCUUUGCUGCCCGAGGCGCCUGUCUCCCUUGCAAGAAGCGCAGAAAGCGCUGUAUGCGGGACGCUAUAUGCUGCCCAGGCAACCAGUGCAGCAAUGGUGUUUGUUUACCCAGUGAUCCUGACUUGGUUCAGCAGAUUGGAAUUGAGGACAUUUUGUCUAUCAGCAGUACACACGAGGACAACGCUACAGUGGAGCUAAACUCCAGAGUGGCUACACAAGAUCUUGCACAAACUCCCAAAGGUCUGGAAGGAGAGAACUGCCUGAGGUCUUCAGAUUGUACAGAGGGACUUUGCUGUGCACGCCAUUUUUGGUCCAAGAUCUGCAAGCCAGUGUUGAAAGAAGGUCAGGUCUGCACCAAGCACAAAAAGAAAGGCACCCAGGGUUUGGAGAUAUUCCAGCGAUGUGACUGUGGAGACAGUUUGUCCUGCAGAACUCAGAGAGGAGAGCACAACAGCAAGGCAUCUCGAAGUCUGCACACAUGCCAAAGACAUUGAAUCAGUGAUCUGUCUGCAGCAAUACAUGGAUUUUUUGUGGCCAUUCAGAAAGUCUAAACAGAAGGACUGAUGGGAUUUCUGACAAGAGAAGAGGAAUUUGUUUUCUACUUGGACACAUUGUGUGAUUUUUUUAUGUUUUUUAUUUUUUUUUGUUACUCAAAAAUAGCUGAGUGGUUUUGAUUGUUUCUCGAUGAAACCUGAGAUAUAUGAUUAUUACAGUAUAUUACUGCAUUGUACAUAACAUAUAGAUAAUGGCACUUAAUUAUUUUGGUCACAGCUUUUUGAGAAGGUGCUCUAUAGUG